CAGGUGCGGCUUCUACAAUGUGAACAAAAGCAACCGGACGUCGAGUUAUGUAUCAUAUUGCCGGUUGUACGGCUAACAUACGUAGACCAGUCGGCAGGACAUGCAGUUUGUGGGAGUUUCUAGUAUCUUUCUCGUCGAGCUUUUCAACGUUGUCACUCUCACGUGGUCGCAUGCUUCGUAUUCGAUCGCGAACGGUCCAUCACCGCAAGAUCUAGCUGCUGCUAUACUACAAAAUCAACAGUGCAUUGGCCAAGAACCAGAAUAUUCUCCUGAAUCUGGAAUUCAGUGUGAUCUGCCUUUGGGCUUGUCAACGGGCUUUAUCGCACGGAAACAAAUCACAGUCUCCACUUUUCUAUCUAGUUCAGACGAGAGUGCUUCCCGUCUUUUGCGUGCAAGUGGCACUCUUUUUGCUUGGGUACCAAGACUAUCAAACACUCAGCAAUACAUUCAAGUAGAUCUACUUCGUGUCACCAAAGUGACGGGAAUUGCCACACAAGGAAGUAGCAAAAGCUCUUUUUGGGUGACGUCAUACAAAGUGCUUUACAGCAACAACAAAGUCACGUGGACAAUUUAUAAAGAAGAUGGCCAACCUAAGGUAUUUGUAGGAAACUACGACCAAAACAGUGUCGUGAGGAAUUCGUUUACGUCUGGCACCGUGUCUUGCCGUUACAUCAAGAUCUAUCCUCUCACCUGGAAUACGCGGAUUGCACUGCGUUUUGAGUUGUUUGGAUGCCAAGAUGUGUGCACCUCUGCAUAUCUGGUUAGCGGUGUAGCUGAUGGCACUCAGUUGAGUGCUUCAAGGCAAGGGGCGAGCCAUUUUGGUAAUAAACAUGGCGGACGUCUGUUGACUUUCACUACUGGCUCUCGCUCGUGGGAGUCAAGUUCGAAAAACCAAUUUCAGUAUUUUCAAGUGGAUUUGGGUUUGGUGACGACCGUGACGGCAGUGGCAACCCAAGGCAGGGACGGCUUUAAUGCCUACGUGAAAUCAUACCGACUCUAUUACAGCAAUGAUGGAAACAGUUGGACGGCUUACAGUGAAGGCGGCACAAUCAAGACAUUUACUGGAAAUACUAACUUUCGUGAUGUUGUGACGCAUCAACUCACGCAGCCAUUUGAUGCUCGAUACGUUCGUUUCAAUCCGCAAACGUAUCAGACUAGAAUCAGCAUGAGAGCUGAAGUAUUUGCUUGUCCUCGAGCUUGUGAUCUUCCACUGGGAUUGACCACUGGACUGAUCGACGUUGCUCACGUGUCGUCAUCGUCUGAUCUUAGCGCUGCGACUGACGCUCAAAGUGUCAGACUUUUGAGUUACACAUCUGGAGGCAGUUGGACACCAAAGCACAGAAACGAAUUUCAGUGGCUUCAAGUUAAUUUUGGAAAGAAAAUGCGGGUGACAGGAGUGGCAACGCAAGGUUCACGACUAAGAAGUUACUGGGUGACUACGUAUCAAAUAGGUUACAGUAAUGACGGAAAUGGAUGGACUCUUUAUGGCGUAGUACGAGGCUCUCCCAAGGUGUUUCUAGGCAACAACGAUCAGGAUGCAGUUGUGAAGAACGCCUUCUAUCCAAACAUUGUGACACAGUAUAUUCGGUUGUUGCCGAAAACGUGGCAAACGUAUCCGUCUCUGCGCGUUGAAUUUUACGGUUGCUCGAUCGAGUCCAACAAGGUAUGGCGGCCGCUGGCGGUGUAGCUGUCUUCGUCAGCAAGACGGGCAGCUUGACAAUUAGUGCACGUGUGUGUGUGAUGUGUAGUACAGUAUUUGUUGCUGCGCUUAGAACUAUAGAAUCGGCUGUUGCACGCUUGCUAUAGACGUUUGAUCAUUUUAGAAACGCUUCUCAAUGUGGGCUUAUUAGCUAGAUUAUUAGUAUGAGCUCUAGAGGCUUAGAAUGAGCGGGAGCUCACGUGUUACAGAGUGAUCACUAAGAGUAUACAAACAGAUAAUAGCACAAUUUAUUCGGUCCAUUUAAACUAAAGU